AUGCAUGGUCGCAAGGAGGAGGCCAAGCUGCCUCUCGACCGUCUGCGGUUCACCGAGAACGUGCAGAAUGGCACCACUGAGCUAGAAAGCCUCUGCGGCAGCGUCGGCUGGGCAUUCCUGUUAUACCUUGCUGCAGGGCUCGGCACAAUACGCAACCCGGAUCAGGACGAAGUCAACACGGUCGUCGCCUCCUUCAUGCUGCUCCCGACACUGAUCCGCUUCGCAGCGACCAAUAAUGCUUUCCUCACUGGCGCCGAGAUGGGCGGCGCGCAUCUGAUAAAAGAAAUCAUGGCAAGCACAGAGACAGUCUCCAAUCACUCCCACUCUCUGCACUGCGAGGACAUUGCAAUGGUUAAUUGA